AAUGAACCCCCAACCUCUCUCGCGUGUGUGUAUAUAUACACAACAAAACAUCAUAACAUCAAAGAGGCUUCUUCCCUUUGGAUCAACUCAACAAGAACACCAAUCUUCUCUAAGCUCGAAGUUCAUCGACACCCUCCUCUCCAUCUUCUCCUCUUCAUCAUUGAAGAACCCAUUGAAUCUUCUCUCGAGCUUCGCUGCAACCAUUGCCUAUAUGUUGGUUGGGGAAAACAAAUGGUAUGCAACAAGAAGUACCACUUCGUGAUCCCAUCAAAGGACACGAUGGCAGCCUUUCUAAAACUGGAAAGUGGCAGCCACGCAAGUGUUCCCGAAAAGGAAAGUCUCUCCCAUCUUGUUGGACUUCAAGGACAUGUCUUGCACGGUGUGUUUCACUCCAAUGGCUUGGGUCACUUGCUCUCUGUCUGCAGUGUCGAGUCCGGUUCUGACUUAACCGGCCAUCAGAUCAUGGAGCUCUGGGACCGGCUCUGCACCGGUUUACGGGCCAGGAAAGUGGGUUUGAAAGACACAUCUCAUAAGGGAGGUAUGGAGCUGAGGCUACUCCACGGUGUGGCACGUGGCGAGCCAUGGUUUGGCCAUUGGGGUUACCGGUUCGGGUCAGGGACAUAUGGUGUGACUCGGACCAUCUAUGAGAAGGCUCUCGAAGCGAUUCAAAACGUUCCCUUGUGCUUGCUUAGCCAUCAAUUCACGAGCCUCGCCUCUGAAAUUCCAACUCUCUUGUCCAAGUACCAAACCUUGUCCAAUGACCCUUUGAUCACUCUACGCGAUCUCUUCCUCUUCAUGCUCGAUCUCCACUCACGUCUCCCGAGAGAUAAUGACAUGACAUCUCGAAACCAAAUCAUCUCUAUCGAUAGUGUGAACUGCAGAUGGUCUCAAAAACGAAUUCAAAUGGCUAUCAAAGUUAUCAUUGAAUCAUUGAAAAGGGUUGAGUACCGAUGGAUAUCGAGGCAAGAAGUGAGGGAUGCCGCUAGAAAUUAUAUAGGCGACACGGGUUUGCUAGAUUUCGUCUUGAAGUCGCUCGGGAACCAAAUAGUUGGGAACUAUCUAGUUCGACGAAGUUUGAAUCCCGUAAAAAAAGUGCUAGAGUAUUGCUUGGAGGACAUAUCAAACUUGUUACCAAGCCAUCAUGAACUAAUAACCCUGCAAAAUCCAACGGGGAAGAACGGACACAACAAGAUGACGAGAGGCCAAGUGACGAAGGAUAUGUUGUACCUGUACAAGCACAUUCUCAUGGACUACAAGGGAGCAUUAGGGCCUAUAGGGAUAUUGAACCAAAUAGGAAUGGCUUCAAGGACGAUUCUCGACGCAAAAUACUUCAUCAAAGAGUACAACAGGGACGGAGUACAAGCCAAAAUUUCUAGGGUCGCUAACUUGGAGGAGGAAUUAGGAAUGCUAUGUACAAUCUCGAUAAAGGGCCAUCACGGAAGGGAUCAACUGCCUCCAUACGAAUGCAUAGUAGUGAGAAAGAAUGCGACUUUCGGUGAAUUGUACGCAGAAACAGAGAGAGUGUUUAGAGAGAUGUAUUGGGAACUGAGAGAUGUCGUGGUCGUGGAGUCCAGUGUAGAUGUCGGGGCAGCGACGACAUUGGCGGGAAGGAGGAUAGUGUUGGAAGGGAGAGUGGGGGAUAAUAACAGCAACAUCAUUGUUGAGAAAGGGUUUGAUGAGAAUGGAAGGAAUAAGGUUGUGGAGUGCGGUGGGUGUGGAGCAAACGAAGAAGAUGGGGAGAGAAUGGUGAGUUGUGAUAUAUGCGAGGUUUGGCAACACACGAGGUGUGUUGGCAUUCCUAACCAUUCUCAAGUCCCUCAUAUCUUCCUUUGCAAAAGGUGUGACCAACACAUCCUCCCUCUCACUUCUCUCCCUUAAUAUCAUAUCCUCUUCAUGUUAUUUCUAAUCUUACAAAAUUCAUUUCCAUAA